AUGUGUGUGGACAUGACUGUUGAUGAGCCACAUUGUGACCGCGAGGAUGGCUUCAAUGGAAUUGAUAGCAUGGCUAGCCACCCAGACACUUCAAUGGACUUGGACACCAUGAUAGAUCCACCAAACCCAGGCACUGUGCCCACUGCCUCUACUGAAGCUCAGGAUUCUCAGGAUGGCCCAACCCAGGUCAUGGAUGACUGUGAAUGUGACUCCACACCUGCACAUAUUGUGGUUGAGUGGCUGGUUUCAAGAACAACAUCAGCACCAACCAAGAAUAGUGAAAUUCAAAAUGAAUACCUGCCAGCUUCACCCAGUGAAAUUCAAAAAGAGUGCUGCUCCCCAGAUGUUGAGAUGAUUAAUGGUGAUGACACUUUACUCUUGGACACAGGUUAUGAGUUUCUUGAUAAGGUGACACAACUGGGACCUGAGCCACAAACCAGUGAUGAGAGCAACACUGAGCAAGUUGACCUGGCAGAACUCAUCAAGUCUGGCAGAUUUCAAUGUGAGCAGAUGGACAGCCAAACAUGGUGGGAUUUCACCAGUUUCUUCAUGCUCCUGCAGAAUGAAAAUGAUGGCACAGACCCAACCAGGAAGAUUCUUAUCCAUGGCAUGCUAAUCAAGGAUUAG